AUUCUUUCGUCGGUAAUUCCGUAUAUUUUAUAGUGUUUUGUAGUUAAUUAAAAUCUACACAGAGACGAAUUUUCGUCAUAUAUAUCACUUCGUGGUUUAAAUAAUGGACUAUUGAGCACUCGUUUGUCACAAAAACAAAUGUGAUCUUUAUUUGUUCGAACCCGUUCAUAGGCCAUAACAAAUAUUAUAUUCGAUUGUACGAAAAACGUUUAACGAUGCUGUAGACGCUCUUUGUUAGUACUGAUUUUUGUGAUGUUGUCACGUAGUCUUCUCAUCAAUUCUCGAAUUCUCGAUUCGGCGACAAUAUAAUAACAGCUGUUGACUACUGUACACGGAUAGGUGCACUGCAUGCGCACGGUCGUGGAAAUGAUUGGGUCUUAUUAUUGCAUCACGUUGAUGUUGGUCGGCAUACUGACGUCGGGACGAUACUACCACGCUGCGGACAGCGCUCGAAUCCUGGCCGUGAUGCCGAUCGCGGCCAAGAGCCACUGGAACGUGGUGGACUCGGUGUUGCAGACGCUAGUGGCCCGUGGCCACCACGUGACGGCCAUCACGCCGUUCCCCAAGAAGUCGCCGGUGGCCAAUUACACUGAAGUGGACAUGUCGCGUCUGAUGCCAUCGGGCGUCAGCGUGCCUUGGGACAAGGUCAUGGGCGAAUGUUCGGUGCACAACAAUCUGCCGUUUCUGUCGAGCCGUCACAAAGAUAUGUGUCGGACGAUGUACGAGUACGACGAGUUCUGGAGCGCCAUCAAAACAAACAAGCAAGGCGUUCAUAUUAUUAUUUAUAUUUGCAUAUGAUUAUUUUUUAUUCAAUAAUACCACUUGUUGUGUCUGUA